AUGUCGCCUCCAUCUGUCACCGUCUUGGUCACUGGAGCCAACGGGGUGCAAGGGGGCUACGUGAUCCGGGAACUUCUCAAACUUGCACCAGCUCAUCCGGAAACGUCCCUGACCAUCCACGCACUGGUCCGUGACGCCAGUUCCUCUGCGUCCCAAGCUCUGCUUGCCUUGGACCCAGCCAAGAUCAAAAUGUUCCAGGGCAACUUUGACGACACCGAGUCGCUUUCCCGAGCCGCCGCAGGCUGCACGAAUGCGUUUGUCAAUCCCAGUCCUGUCUUCACCGACCCCACGGGCGAAGGGCGCCACGGUCUCAACGUCCUUUCAGCCAGCAUGGGUGCCGGCAUAAAGCACGUCAUCCUGGCGUCGGUGUACGGCAUCGAGCCACGCAAGGACCUGCCCGAUCUCGAGUCCAUACCCUUUUUCAAGGCCUAUUUCACCAACAAGAGCACCAUCGCAGAGACGGUCCGCCACCCUCCAGCCGGCUCCGCGCCGGAAGGCUACACAUAUACCAUCCUCGAGCCUGCGUCGUUCCUGACCAACUACAUCCUGCCCGUCAGCCAGAUGAUGUACCCGACGCUCACGGCCGAGCAGCCGACGCUGACCGUCGUGUUCCCGCCCACUCUGCGCAUGAGCCAUCUCGACCCGGCCGACAUUGGCCGCUUCGCCGCCCGCAGCAUCUACGCCGACCGAGACGAGUUCGAGAGACUGUUCGCCAACAAGACCAUCCCGCUUUCCAGCGCGAAUUUGACCAUCUCGGACAUCGCCGACGCGCUGACCCGUGCGGUCGGCCACAGGAAGACCGUCAGUGUGAGUUACAUGUCCAGAGAGGAGGCCGAGGCCGUCAAGGACACCAACCUUUUCGUGGCGGCACAGCUGUUCCUCAGCGACCAUCCGCAUCUUGUCGAUCUGGAAAAGGUCAGAAGCUACGGAAUCGAGUUAGGUUCCGUCGACGGCUUCUUCGAGCGUGAGAAGGAGACGGUCGAGCGGACGUUGGCAUUGUAG